AUGCAUGCCAAAUACCUUAUUAUCUUGGCCUUUUCCAGUAUUGCCUUUGCGGCGCCAGCAAUGGUAGACGAGGCCGAAUUGACACCUGUGUCGCCAUCGCCAACAACCCCGGAUGGGGGUAAAGAGCCUGAAUAUCCCUUUUACCCGGCGGAUGAAACCCCAGAACAUCCCCGUAAUCCAGAAGAGGAACGAACGGAUGGACACCCUACAUAUACAAUUUGGCGACCACCCGGACUAACCGGACCUUACCCUGGUGCUCCGCCUGAAGAAACAGCUCCUCCAGAGGUUCCUGUCUCCGCUCCACCACCAGAAGCGACACCCAAUUCACCAACGUAUCCACCUCCAGCGGAGGCAACUCCAAUCGACUAUCCUGUUCCUCCACCAGAGAGCAACCCUCCUUCAACAAUUCCAAUCCAUACACCUUCCUUCACCCUAAACAUUUCUCCCAACGCUACAAGCCCCGGCUACGUACCACCACCCCAGAACCCCCCUGUCGAACUUAGCAGUAGUGCUCCCGAUCUAGUCGACUUCUCGGUUGCGGGCCUUGCGGGUAUUCUUGUCGUUAUGUGCCUUACGUUUGCGCUGUAA